AUGCCUGCAAGGGGUGGGACAGCGGCUCCACGUUCCAGCCAGCUAACCGCCAGGGAACCUUCCGGAAAUCCCGCGCAAUCCCUUUUUCUCCACCAAGCCCCUCACUUGGCUGUUCUUCUCUUCCCAGUCAGCCUAGGCUUCUGCCCACCACAGCCCUACAGGGAGCCAGAGCCAUCAGUGGCCGAACCCCCUUCUUGCCCCCUGGCUUUGGACAUGAGCCUUCGGGACUCCAGCUAUAGUGUGACCCCAGGACCCUGCGUGGUGGCCCAGCUGCCCUCCGAAGACACGAGCCGCCUGGCAGAGCCACAGAGCAGGGACCAUGGCUUCCUGCGCACCAAGAUGAAGGUGACUCUGGGGGACACUCCCAGUGGAGACCUGUUCACCUGCCACAUCUGCCGGAAGGCCUUCACGUACCAGCGCAUGCUGAAUCGCCACAUGAAGUGUCACAACGACGUCAAGAGGCACCUCUGCACCUACUGCGGGAAGGGCUUCAACGACACCUUUGACCUGAAGAGGCACGUGCGCACCCACACUGGCGUGCGGCCCUACAAAUGCAGCCUGUGUGACAAGGCCUUCACGCAGCGCUGCUCUCUGGAGUCUCAUCUCAAGAAGAUCCACGGCGUGCAGCAGAAGUACGCGUACAAGGAGCGGCGGGCCAAGCUGUACGUGUGCGAGGAGUGCGGCUGCACGUCUGAGAGCCAGGAGGGCCACGUCCUGCACCUGAAGGAGCGCCACCCUGACAGCCCGCUGCUGCGCAAGACCUCCAAGAAGGUGGCCGUGGCCUUGCAGGACACCGUCACCUCCCUGCUGCAGAGCAGUCACCACCUCUGA